AUGUCAAACCCAACACCGGUCGGGGCAGCGCCCGAGCGGCCGUCCGAAAAGACCGUCGCGGUGGAGAACGAUGCCGCGCGCCAGGACUCGUACAGCUCGGGCUCGCCGGCGCACGAAACCCAAGGAUUCUCCGAGGAGACACAGAAGCGGCCAUUCCACCGCAGGCUAGUCGAUUCCGCCAAGACGCCUGGUUCGGCCGUUCAGAUCGUCAUUUCGGCCAUAGUGGCCAUCGCCAUCGGCCUGAUUGUCACCACCCAGGUUGACAGUGUGCCCAAGGCCGUGAUACCCAUCCUUAGUAUUCCCGGUGACCUUUGGUUGCGUUCCCUCAAGGCUGUCGUCCUGCCCCUCAUCAUGACAGCCAUGAUUCUCGCCAUGGUCAGGCUCAAGGAAAUGACUGGCGGUGGAGCGAAGCUCGCCAAGUGGACUGUCGGGUACUAUGUGAUCACAACAAUCAUCUCCAUCAUGCACACCUGUCUCCUGGUCGGCCUUGGCUGGCGCAGGUUGAUGGUCGAGGUGCGGGGCGAUGCGUUGGAGAUGGAUGAAGACCAAAAGGAGCUUGCCGCAGAGCGCAGCCAGCAUGAGCCGCACACAGUGGUUGUGACGCUGUUCCGAUCAUUUGUCACCGACAACAUCUUCAAGUCCCUGGCCGACACCGAGCUUCUCGCCAUCUUGAUCGUCUCGGUCGUCAUUGGAUAUCUCAUCAACCCCCAGGGGCGCAUCAUCGCGGCCAUCGAAGAGGUGGAGAAGAUGGUCACCAGGAUCAUUACCUUUCUCAUCAAGAUCGCACCCAUUGGUGUCUUCUUUUUGAUUCUCCCCAACCUGCUUCGACUCAACAUUGCCGACAUUGGCGUCAACCUGGGCGUUCUGAUCGGCGCGGCGCUUGCAGGCAUGUUUUUGCACCUCUUCGUCAUCGUCCCAGCCAUCUACUUUGGCGUCGUCCGCGAGAACCCUUACUCGAUGUGGUUCAAGUCUUCGCCUGCUUGGGUGACAGCCUGGGGUACGGCGUCGUCUGCUGCCACGCUUCCUGUCACCAUCCGUGAGAGUCUUGCUCGCGGCGUGCCGAACACUGUGGUCAAGUUCACCGUCCCGCUCGGUUGCUUGAUCAACAUGGACGGAUUGAUGCUACUCAACAGAACCGCUAUUUACUUCCCAAUCUGCGUCGUCUUCUUGGCCCAGACCCAGGGCAUCGACCUGAGUCCGGUGCAGUACAUCAUCAUCGUGCUGUUGGCAACGCUGGCCUCCAUCGGCACCACGCCCAUCCCGUCGUCGUCGCUGGUGCUCACCGUCAUGAUCGCGAACUCGGUCGACGUCCCCAUCACGGGCAUGUACGCCGUCAUUGUGGCCAUCGACUGGUUUAUUGACCGCUUCCGUACCGCUGUCAACGUCUCGAGCGACAUCUACGCCGCCAAGAUCCUCGCCAAGAUCACGGGCAUCACCGACGACGAUCUGGACAAGCCCGAAAACACGUCGGACGAGGAGUUGACGCGCGAGCACUACGCCCCCGCUCCGACGGUGGAUAACACGCACCGUGUCUGA